AGCAGGCUCUAGCUGAGCCGUGGGCGGGGCUUAUCCGGUAUGGCUGAUGGGGGUGCAGUCUUAGCGGGCGCAGAAGGAGUGCUAUUAGAUAUUAGCGGGGUGCUUUAUGACAGCGGAGGCGACGGAGGCGGAGUCCCCAUUUCGGGAUCUAGAGAAGCGGUAAAAAAGAUCAAGGCAUCUGGUCUAAAGCUGCAGUUUUGUACUAAUGAAACUCAAGCUACGCGGGACAAAUUUGUAAAAAAGUUGCAGCAUUUGGGUUUUGACAUCGCGGUAAAUGAAGUCACUGCUCCAGCACCUGCAGUUUGUCGAAUUCUGAAGGAGCGCAAUCUGAGGCCUCAUCUUCUUGUGCAUGAUGAUCUCAUUCCUGAAUUUGCUGGUGUUGAUAAAACAAAUCCUAACUGUGUAGUAAUUGGGGAUGCAGCAGACAACUUUUCUUACAAAAAUCUAAAUGAUGCUUUCCAAAUUCUCAUAAGCCUGGAAAAUCCAGUUCUGCUGUCUUUGGGAAGAGGACGCUAUUAUAAAGAAACAGAUGGACUAAAACUUGAUGUUGGAGCAUAUAUGAAAGCACUGGAGUAUGCCUGUGAUAUUCAAGCUGAGGUGGUGGGAAAACCAGCCAAAAUGUUUUUCCAGUCGGCUUUGACAGAAAUGGGCAUUGAACCUCACCAGGCCAUCAUGAUUGGAGACGAUAUUGUAAACGAUGUAGGAGGAGCCCAGCAAUGUGGAAUUAGAGCUGUACAAGUACGGACGGGAAAGUACAGGCCUUGUGAUGAGCAGCAUCCAGAAGUCAAAGCCGACCUUUAUGUGAACAACCUGGCAGAAGCUGUUGAUGUAAUACUCAAGUAUUUGCAUAAAUGAAAAUGCUGCAGGAGUCCACUCUAGGCAGAUGUUAAUGUAAGAUCUUUGGCAUAGCUGCACAUUUCUAGCAAUGUUCAAGCCUUCCUCCAUUGUUUAUGGACUAAUUGGGAAGCAACUUGCAGUAUCACAAACAUGCCUUCAACAGUCUAGUUUAAUUUGCCAUUGUAUCUAGUUAACCACAAUAAAAACAAAAAGUUCAAUGCAUCCCUGUUACUCUGCUCUAGGAAUCCUUUGAAUCUUGUUUGUCUGAUUUGGGGGUACUGUAACACAUCACUGAAUAAACCUCUGUGCCAUGGGAA